CUCAGGAUUAUGUUGAUAUGUGAAUAGGGCUAGGUUAUCUAGUUGUAGUUGUUAGGGAUAAAUUAGUAACUCUGUCAUUAAGAGAAUAUGUAACAUGAUGGAUAGGAGAUAUAUAUAUGUGAGUUAUAAAUUGAAUUGUAGUAAAUUUGUGGAGUACUAAUAAAAAAUAAUUAUAUGGUGAUCCCGUUUAAACCGAAUUAAAUAAUUUGCCUGUAAACCCAAACCAAAUCCAAUUUGAUUUGAUUUGAGCAAAUUAAAAUCAGACGCAACCGAAUAUCGCAAUUUGUAUUAAACAAAACUCCUCCAUGUAAUUAAAAAAAAAAAAGGAAAAUGGAAGCAGAAUUUGAUCAAGCAGUGCCUGCUUCUGCAAGACGAAACAAACGGCCGUCAAAAAUUCAUCACAGAACUGAACGCGGCCAGUCAGCGACGUUUCGUUUCGAUGGGUCGGUCAAAGUUUUCUAUAUAAGCCAGCGGCUACUACUCACAACCGUUCUCCCCUUCCCUUCCUGUCUCUCUCUCUCUCUCUCUCUCUCUCUCUCUCUCUCAACUGCUACGUCGUCGUCUCUAGUCGGAGAAAGAUCAGUUAAAAAGAGGGAAAAAAUCCGUUGGAGAAACCUCCGGCGAGAAGGUCGGAAUCCCCCGGUCGCCGCCGACGUUUUCGGAUUUAAUCCAACCCAAGGCAACAAAUCGGGGGCUUUUACCGAUUCAUCUUCCUUGGCUUUUUUAAGCUCAUCUUCUUCCCGACUUUCGCCCUUGGUUCUUCCCCCUUCGGAAAGAAUCCACAGUCCGUUUUGCUCCCCCGUUUAUCCCUUUUUUUUCCCCGGUAAAGCUAGUUUUUCUGAACUAGGAGCUUCUUCGGUCGCCUUACUAAAAGGAAAAAACAAAAGGGGAAAAAACCCAACAAAAACCACUUCGUGAUUCAGCAAAUCAAUUUUCCUCUGUAAAUGAGUCAAGGGUGACGGACCCAGAAGCUUGAAACCUUUCAGUUGUGAAGUUUCAGCUUCUGGGUUUGGUCGUUUCUUCAAUCGACGGACAACCCAAUUCCCCAAUUUCUUAGUUUCUCAGUUCCCGAAAACAGUAGAAUUCUUCAAAUUCACCCCACACCUUUUCUGUAAUUUUUCUUUUUGUUCAUCACCACCUUGAAGAUUGUGAAUAGUCAGCCAAAAAAAAAAAAUUUGGGGGGAAAAUAAAAUAAUGUCAGUCGUCGAUGCGUCAUUGAGCUCCGGCAGAGAAGGAGCGGUGAGGUUUACCGGUUGCGGAGGUAAUCAUCACAACAGCUGCGGCUCCUUGCCGGAGGACUCCUCCAUCCUCAUCUUCCUCAGCGCAGCGGAUUCGUUCAUCCCAAUGCGGGUCCUGGAAUCCGACUCCAUCGCCUCGGUCAAACUCCGGAUCCAAAACUCUAAAGGCUUCGUCGUUAAGAAGCAGAAACUUGUCUUCGGCGGUAGAGAGCUCUCCCGUAGCGCCGAUCUGGUCAAGGACUACGGAAUCACCACCGGCAACGUCCUCCACUUGGUUCUCAAGCUCUCCGACCUCCUCCUCAUCACCGUCCGCACCACCUGCGGCAAGGAAUUCGAAUUCCGCGUCGACCGGUACCGAAACGUCGGAUACCUAAAACAACGCAUCUUCCAAGAGGGCAAGGGUUUCGUCGACGUCGACGAGCAGGAAAUCUUCUACAACGGUCAGAGGCUCGAUGACCAGCGCCUCAUCGACGAGAUCCGCGAUACCAGAGCCGCAGACGCCGCCGCGAUUCACCUCCUCGUCCAGAAAACCGCCAAGGUCAGAGCCCAGCCGCUGAACAGAGAUUUCGAGAUCUCCAUCGCCGCCGCAACAAACCCUAAUCAGAACCAGAAGCAGAAUCAGAACCAGAAGCAGAAUCAGGAGUCGUCGAUUGAGGCGCCAAAUCAGGAGCAAGCUGGUAGGGAUUUCUGGCUAGAACCCGUGAUCGUAAACCCUAGCGUGAGAUUAGAUUCAGCGAUUUGGAACAUGGUGAAUUCAACCUUCGUCGGGUUGGAAAUGGGUCACCCGCCGAUCCGUUCGUCGGAAGGAACAGGGGGGACUUAUUUCAUGAGGAACCCAUCCGGGCAAGGGUUCGUAUCCGUGUUCAAGCCCAGCGACGAGGAGCCUAAUGCGGUGAACAACCCGCAGGGACUGCCGGUGUCGACCAACGGGGAAGGGUUGAAAAGAGGGACAAGGGUAGGGGAAGGUGCGAUUAGAGAAGUUGCCGCUUACAUAUUGGAUCAUCCCAUUGACGGACCGAGGGGUCUGAACAAUGAAGUGAUGGGGUUUGCAGGUGUGCCGCCCACCAUUGUUGUUCAGUGUUUGCACAAAGGGUUCCAUCAUCCUGAAGGGUUCGAGUACUCUGCCAAGAAUGUGAAGAUUGGUUCACUGCAGAUGUUUAUGAAGAAUGAAGGGAGUUGUGAGGAUGUUGGACCAGGUCGGUUCCCUGUGGAGGAAGUGCAUAAGAUCACUGUGCUGGAUGUGAGAAUGGCCAAUGCUGAUAGGCAUGCUGGCAACAUUUUGAUCGGCAAAGGAGAGGGAGACGGCGAUGGUGGGAACAACACUGUGUUGAUUCCCAUUGAUCAUGGCUAUUGCUUGCCUGAAACUUUUGAAGAUUGCACAUUCGAUUGGCUAUACUGGCCACAAGCAAAGCAACCCUACUCUCCAAAGGUGAUCGACUACAUAAACUCACUGGAUGCCGAAUUCGACAUCGCCCUCCUGCAGUUCCACGGCUGGAACAUCCCGCCUCAGUGCGCACGAACCCUUCGAAUCUCGACCAUGCUCCUGAAGAAAGGAGUCGAGAAAGGUCUGACCCCUUUCGACAUCGGGAGCAUCAUGUGCAGGCAGACCGUGCACAAGGAGUCGGUGAUUGAGGAGAUCGUUUGCGAGGCAGAGGAUUGCUUGAUACCCGGGAUGAGCGAAGCUGCAUUCCUGGAAACCGUGUCUGAGAUAAUGGACUCCAGGCUUAGCAAGUUCAACAAAUAACACAAUGGGUGGUGGUGGUCUUUAUCUAUCUAUCUAUCUUAUCUGUUCUAUCUUAUCAAUCUAUAUCAAUCAGGUAUAUAUGAAUGGAAGCUUUUGUUUGUUGUAUGAUUUGGAAGGAAUGGAGACCAUGUAUGAGUUUCUUUUCACUUGAAGAAGUCCAUUUUGAGUUUGGACUCCAUUGAAAGGAAAAAAGAGAAGUUUAUCUACCAGUACCAGUACCAGUACCAGAUAUAAUAUGUUAGAUGUGGUUGUUAAAGAUAAUCCUGUGUGUGAGGCAGAUGAAGAAGCCAUACAAAGAAUUGUCUCUCUGCAGUUUUUUCAGCCAAUUUCCUUGGAGGGUAAAAUUGUACUAUUGAGAUGAGGUGAGCAGAAGCUUAAAAAUGGAGAGGGUGAGAGAGAAAGGAAUGAAUAACAUGCAGUAGUUGCUUUAUCUGCUCGGUUUUUUGUUUCUAUGAGAAGGGAAAUGGUUGGAUUUGUAAAUGUGAUUAUUGUUAUUGAUGUUUCUUAUGGUAACAUGGGUUUUUAGGGGCAAUACAUGGAUUUGUAGGGGAAGAAGAUUAUUGCCCCUCCAGGCUCCAGGUGAGGAGUAGGCUAUUUCAAGGGUGGAGUACCACUCAGAUGAAGCUGUAAUCUUUAAAAUCACAAUGUUAUGCAAAUAAAUAAGAACACCGCUAACCAACACUAUCCACAUCAGUAUAUUUUUACUUUUCAUUUAAAUAAAAAACAAUAAAAUAAAUAAUAAUAUCCAAACUUGUGGGGCGCAGAUACGGAUAAUCAUCACCACCAGUCCAAGUCCAUCACCGCCAUCUUUUCCUACACUUCAAUUAGCCACCUAUGAUCCAAUUCAGCACAAUAUUCACCAGCUCAUCGUCAUUUAACGAAAUUAUUGACGAAGACUUAACAGUUGACUAAUUAUUAAAAUUUGGAAGGUUUGACUAUUAUUUUGGAAUAGUGAAAAGAUUUGGCUAAAAAAUUGUAUUUAGCCUUAAAAAAAUUCACUAUAUAUAUCGUAAAGCGAUGACUCAAGUGAUAAGAUAUGCAGUUGAUACGAUUCUUAUGACCAACCAUUAUGAUAAAAAUUAUUUGGUGAUAGCGUAUAAAAUUGUAAACUUGAAUUAUCUAUUGCAAUAAAUUUGUUGAGUAUUCAUAAAUAAAAAUUUAAAUAGUCUUUUAUCCACAGACUUUUAUUGUCAUUAUAAUAUUAUAUUAUACAUGUAACCUAAGUUUGUGGGUUAGUGGAUGGAUCAAUUUAAGCAAUAAUGGGAGUCCUCCUGGUUUCUCAAUUAUUAUUAUUACUAGCUUAUAACCCGGUCCAUUGGCCGGAAUAUUCAUAUUUAAUUAUUUAUAUUUUUAUGUUAUGUUUAAGCUAAUCAACCGGUUUAAUUUUAUUGACAAUUCUUCGAUCAAGAUGAUACAUAAAGAAAGAAUAUAUAGGUCUAACAUUCGGAGAAAUACCAUAUCAUUUAAGAAAAAAAAUAUAAUUUAUCAAUAAUUCCAUUUUCAUAAUGAUAAUUAAGCCCUUAUUAAAAUACUAUUGAUUAGUUGAUUGUCAAGAAAGAGAGUAUAAAAGCUCAGUGAAAUUCCACACGACUCAUAGAUAGUUUGAAACUAAAUCUUAAACCUCACAAUCCUACAUAAGGGUUUAAUGCGCUCCUUUUAUGAACAAUAUGCCACUAAUAAAAAAGAAAUGGAGAGUUGUUGAUUCAAGUCAACUAUAUACUAACAACUCAGCUAAGAGGGGACCAUCAAAACUUGAGAGCAAACGACAAAAUUAGGGUUAUCUCCAACAUACUAAUAGACUCAAUCAAAGUAAUAAGGUACAAAAUUAAACACUCCUGGUUUAUCAGUUCCGGUAGGUUGAAUAAAGAAUCGACCUACUUCAAUAAAUCAAUCAAUGAUUCCUCGUUUU